CCAGUUGGCAGAACUUAUGGCGCACCCGGUGCAGCUGUGCCGGAUUGUGUUUUUGUUGUUCUUCCGUGAAAAAGGGCAGAUUUUUCCCUGAGAAUAGAACACAUAAGCUCAGAGAACAUGUCUGAGAUGUACGUGAAAGACGGAAAUCUUACAACGACAUCGGAAAACAUCAACGAAUUAAUUGCCGGAAAAGGUGUUUGUCUGAAUGCUGAGUCCCAGGAAUACAUCAUCGAGUCUGAUGAUGAGGAUGACCUGAGUGUGGAGUAUUGGCAGAACUUCGAGGAGGCGACGGAGAAGUGGCGAAAUGCGGACUUUGCCAGGAAGACAUUCGCUGAACUUCGGGAAGAAAUGACGGAAAUUCGCCUGGGAAUCUAUAAGAAAGUCCUUCUGGAGGGAUUCGGUGAUCCCAUUCCCGCGUCCGACGCCAGAGUGACCAUCGCCUACUCGAUCUUCCUGGAGCAAAAGCCAGUUCCGGUGGAUUCUACGUUUCUCACGGGAAAGAAUCUCUGCUUCGUCACGGGCGACAAUUGUGGGCUUCUUGUGGGUCUGGAGGAGGCCGUGAUGUCCAUGAGGGUGCACGAGCAGGCACAGUUCAUCAUCCCCUACAGCUGUCUCUACGGCGAGUUCGGCUGCAGACCGCGAAUCCCGCCCAAAGCGGACGGUCUUCUGCUGAUUCGCGUGGUGAAGGUGGAGCCGAUGUGCGCGGAUUUGGCGGUGCAGGAGCACGAGCGGAAGGACUACAGUGGCGUGAAGAGGAGGGCGGAGGAGUUGAGGAACAGCGGCCGCAUCGCCUUCAGCAGCAAUCGCUACACUUCCGCCGCCCACGCUUUCAUCGCCGCCGCUCGAAUCCUCGAACGCGCGGACGCCGCGAACAUGGCCGAGGAUCAGGAGAGAAAUCAUCUCGUCGUGACGCUGCUGAUCAACGCCGGCAUGGCGUUCAAUAAGCUGGCUCAGCCACGAAAAGCGUGCGUGCAAUUCAACAGCGCUCAAACAUACUUCCCAGACGUGCCUCAGGAUCUCAAGGCGAAGCUGUUCCUCCACAAAGGACGCGCUCUGCAUGCUUUGGGUGAUUACAAGAGGGCCAAAAAUUGCCUCCUCACAGCGCAACAACACUCAAAUUCACCAACAAUUGCCAACGCUUUGGCACUGCUUAAACAUGAUCAGGAGAAAUAUGAUGAAGAUGUCUCAAUCAUGAUGCAAAAGGCCUUCAAUCUCAAGAAACAAGUGGAGAAAAGUCAAGAUAUCGACGCCAAAUAGAAACAACUUC